ACUGUGCACGGAUGGUCUGACAAUGGCAAACGAUUUAAGUGAUAUGUAUAGCAAUUAUGGCAAUUACACAUCACUUCUUAAUCCAAGCUAUCUAUCGAAUACAAAUUUGAGUCUGAAUUCAAACACCAUUUCAAAUUCAGAGUCCAAUAAAAGAUCUGCUGAAGAAGAUCGUGAGAGGGAAGAAAGGCGUAAAAAGAGAAAAUCAAGAUGGGGUAAAGAAGAAACAGAUAAGAUUUUCAUUCCAGGCCUUCCCACAGUACUUCCCACCAACUUGACCAAGGAGCAGGAAGAAGCUUAUCUUUACCAGCUGCAAAUUGAAGAAAUCAACCGAAAGUUGAGGACGGGGGACCUCGGUAUUCCUGCCAACCCUGAAGAAAGGUCUCCAUCUCCAGAGCCUAUUUACAGCAGUGAUGGCAAGCGGAUGAACACGCGUGAGUACCGUACAAGGAAACGUUUGGAAGAGGAGCGACACACCCUGAUUGGGAAAAUGCAAAAAAUCAAUCCUGAUUUUAAACCACCAGCUGAUUACAAACCUCCAGUUAUUAGAGUAAGCGAUAAGGUCAUGAUUCCGCAAGAGGAGCAUCCUGAUAUCAAUUUUGUAGGACUCUUGAUUGGACCCAGAGGAAACACCCUGAAAUCAAUGGAAAGAGAGACUGGUGCAAAAAUAAUCAUUCGUGGUAAAGGCUCUGUAAAGGAAGGUAAGGUCGGUAGGAAAGAUGGGCAACCGUUACCAGGGGAGGAUGAACCCUUACAUGCGUAUGUCACAGCAAACAAUCCUGAAUGCGUGAAAAAAGCUGUUGAGAAGAUCAAAGAAAUCAUUCGCCAAGGUGUAGAGGUGCCAGAAGGUCAAAAUGACUUGCGGAGAAUGCAACUGAGAGAAUUAGCUCUUUUGAAUGGUACUUUGCGAGAAAAUGAUGGUCCUCGAUGUUCCAAUUGUGGUGCCUCAGAUCAUAAGUCUUGGCUGUGCCCAGACAAACCAAACAUCACCAACAAUAUUGUGUGUACAACUUGUGGAGGUGCUGGUCACAUAGCGAAAGAUUGUCGAGCAAAGAAGGGAGGCAUUCCAGACAUAGUUGAGGAUAAGAAGAAAAUAGACGAAGAGUACCUCUCUUUAAUGGCUGAACUUGGAGAAGGUCCUCCACCAGAUCGAAGUAAAGACUCCACUAACGAUGGUUUACGCCGAGCAUCGACCAAUCUAUUUGACCAUCAGAUGGCACCACGUCCAUUAUUGCCUGCACAACCCCCCUCGCUUUCUACAUCUGCCCCGCCACCUGGACCGCUAAUCACAAGCUCUCUGCCUCCUCCACCACCUUGGACUAGCAACCCACCAAAGCCCCCAUCGACCUCUGCUCCUGCUACACCUAACUUGAGUGUUCCUCCCCCAAUCCCAUCGCAACCGCUGAGCAUUCCCCCGCCGUGGCAGGCUCCGCCUCCAACGCCUUUGAUGCAACCCCCGCCUCCUGCUCCACCUCCAGUAGGAGGUCAACCCCCAAACACAAAUGUACCUCCCAUGAUGCCUUGGAUGGCACCUGGAGGCAUGAAUCAGCCGCCCCCCAUGCCUCCUGGUAAUAGCCCUAAUAUUCCUCCUUGGCAACAGCCACAGCCUCCACGAAUGCAAAAUCAGCCCAUGAUGUGGAGCCAGGGUGGAGGCUACAUGGUUCCACCCCCACAACCUGUUCAGCCACCUCCACCUAUUGCGAAUCUACUGAGUGCACCCCCACCACCACCUCCUUCCUAAAACAAUGGAAUGAAGAAAGCGGAGCUAAGGACAGUCGCAUUCUUUGCUGUCAAUAAAGCAUGGUUUUCAGGAAUGCGUAAGUCAGCAUGUAUAUUGAUCCUGUCUAAUACUGCACAUGAGAUCUGGGAUUUGUGUAUUUAAGUUUAAAGAAAAAACCAAAAGGGAGUAAGUUUAUUAAAAACUUUGUGUGAUCCCGCUUUUUUAAUAGGAACAUGCCAGUUUUCUAAUGAGGUUGAAGUCAUAUUCAUGCUAAUGUAAUAAAAUUGGCCCCAAAAAUUAAUUAUAGGCCUCUAAAAUUUAAAUGAAUCAGUUGAUGCACUAAACAGGAUUUUCCUGCCAAGUUUGUGAAAUGGUUUUUUAGGGAGGGAUGUCGAUGAGUGGCUUUCUUGGGCCCCAAGCUGGAUUCCUGUAGUUCUAGGAUCUUUUACUCUCUCGGGAUCUAUACAUAUCGAAAGCGAUGAGUCUUCGGCAAUUUUUUCCCCGCUUCUGUGUCUAAUCGUGGUCUAAAGUACACUAUUUUGGCAAAAAGUGCAGGAAGUGCGGGUUUCUGGCAUCCAAUGCUCUGUUUUUAAAUAAACAUGUCAGAAGAGCAGAAGAACCUUCAAGCAUGUUCAUCAGGGAUGUUAAAGAGUCCCUUUGGCUCAUUAUGGUCACAACUAAAACCUUGCACCCGUGGUUUAAAAAAAGCAUUUUGACCUCUACGUCAGUUCUAAGUUUAAACGUCAAGCCCAAAUUUUGUGUGAAGUUUUUGUUUGUUUAUCAUAAUUUUGUCAGUAAUAAAUUAUUGAUCAAUUUGAAA